GUCGCGGUUGCUGCCCCGGAGUGCGCGGUGGGAGGCGCAGAAGGGCAAACCGAGCGUUCCGGGCUAUGUGCCGGUAGUGAGCAAGGAGGCACUGGAUCGCAUCGCCAGGGUUCGGGCGGAGCUGAGCAGCAAGAUGGUGGUUGCCUCCUCGGCUGAGGACCUCUCCGAUGUGGUCAACUUGCAGCUCGUGGGCAAGGGAACCUUUGGCCGGGUGUACAAGGGCGAGUGGAAGGGUGUGACGGUGGCGCUCAAGGUCAUCUCAGUCCCCGUCAGCCAGUACGGCCAGGCGCAGUGGCAGCACGUGCUGGGGGAGGCGGCCAUCUCCACACUGCUCAACCACCCAUGCGUGCUGCAGACCUACUCUGUGGCCCUGCUGGAGUACUCGCCCGCUCAGAAACCCCCCAGCACCGGCUCGCACUCGGAGGGGAACAAUGCAUCUGCGAAUGAACAUGUGGCGCCCGCAGAAGCAGGUGGUGGUCCUGGGCUCGGGAAUUUUGCGGAUGGUGGGCUUGGAGCUGGGGCUGGGGUUGGAGGAGGAGGAGGAGCCGGUCAGGCGCCCGGGGAUAUGUCCCCCUUCUACCAGCUUAAGAUGGUGUCGGAGUUCUGUGAGGGAGGCUCGGUGGUGAAUGCGCUGAGGGGCAUGCGGUUCUACGAAGCAGUGGGCAACGGUGUGGUGCGGCUGCAGGCGGUGCUGGACAUCGCCUCCCAGGUCGCCUCCGGGAUGGCCUACCUGCACUCCGCAAACAUCAUACAUGCAGACCUCAAGGCAGCCAACGUGCUGCUGAAGCGGCAGCCCGGCAGCGGCCGCCUGCAGGCCAAGGUGGCGGACUUUGGACUGUCCUUCCGACUGGAGGAUCCGGAGGCCACACAUGCAACCAAGGGACAGCUGGGCUCCAUAACUCACAUGGCGCCAGAGGUGCUGCUGCAUGGCCGAGUGUCCAAGUCCAGCGACGUGUACAGCUUUGGCAUCUUCCUCUACGAGCUCUACACGGGACAGCAGGCCUACUGGGACGUGCCGCAACCCAUGCUGGCCUACCAUGUGGCCUCCGCGGGCGGGCGGCCCCUGCUGCCGCACCUCUGCCCGCCCGCAUACCGGGGGCUGGCGAAGGCGUGCUGGGCCUCGGAGGUGGCGGCAAGACCUACCUUUGAUGCCAUCCUAAAGGCGCUUCAGGCGCUCUCCAGCGACGUUCACAAUACGCUCCGAACCCCGCCUGACAGCCCCCUAGCUGGCACCGAGGGGGAAACAACAGCCACAACAGCAACCGACAACCACCAUCUGCGCGCCUCC